CUACGAGAACGCCACUGGCACGAACGGUUCCGAAAUCUGCCGAGGACAACGCUGAGAACGGUUCUCCCACUGCCACCUGUCGAGAGCAUCGAACGGGAUCGACUAGUCCAUCACGUACUCUGUGACCGAAGCUUGGCCAGGAGGCUACAUCGUCUCGGGUUCGCCAUUUUAUGUGUUUGGCUCUGGGACUGGGACGGUGGGUGCGUGCGGUACAAACGUAGAGAGCGUAUUCCGUUCGUUAUCCGCAAGAUGUUACCCAAAUACUUCGCGCCCGACAUGUACAAGUAACGACAGGUGUUGGAGUGAGUGAUCGGGCAGCAAGGGUUCGGGCCGAGAUGGUCUCGGAAUAGUGAGCAGGCAGUGCGUGAGUGUGUUUUCCGUAAAUUAAGUGCGACAUUGGUUUUAUUGCUGCUGCCGCCGUUUGUUAAUACCUGUGCCAUUCGUGAUCACGUCUUUGGGUCAGGUCACAGACAGCCUCUGGAUUCGUGACGACACCCUCUCGGCAUCAUCUAAAAUGAGUUCUCGCAACAUACCCUCAGACAAGAUAAAUCUACGACUUAUUCUUGUCAGCGGUAAAACAAAAGAAUUUCUCUUCAGUCCAAGCGACUCAGCAGGGGACAUAGCACACCAUGUGUUUGAGAAUUGGCCCGAAGACUGGGCGGAAGAAGCCGUUGCCAAAGCCGAAAUCCUUCGGUUAAUCUACCAAGGCCGUUUUCUACAUAGCAACGUCACACUUGGGGCACUUGGUCUUCCCUUUGGGAAGACGACGGUGAUGCACCUUGUCCCACGAGAAAAUCUCCCCGAACCCAACUCUCAAGAUCAGAGGCAAAAAAGUAAAGGCGGCGGGAGUAGUUGCUGCUCAGCUUCCUGUCGCAUACUUUAAAAACUCGCCGGCUGCCCUGGAUCCCGUGAGGUGGUACAGCGCGAACCAGCGCCACGCGUUCAGGCUGAGCCAAUGGUUUCUAAGGUUUUAUGCUGAUGUAUAAUUGUUAGUGGCUGAGCUCGUGAGCAGUGUAGCGGAUCAAGGAAAGCGCGAGGGAGAAAACGGAAGAGAGAGAGAGAGAGAGAGAGAGAAAGAGAGAGAGGAGAACGAGAUCGCACCGUUUGUCGCCGAUCGCGCGAAACGGGCUCGUCGCGCCGCCGGUGCGUCGCGGUUCGUUCGGUCGCGGCGCGCGGCCGAGGACCGCAAGCCGCCGGAAGCCGUGGUAAAAGAAGAAGACGACGAUCGCGCACCGCCGUCCCAGGCAAACGACUCGAUCGUCGUCCGUGUUACGUUUUUAGACGAAAUUUCCGUAUGGAGGAUCUUGAUCGUUGAGCGCGUCGAUUCGAUCCCCCGAGGAAGAUCGGCGCGCCGGAGCCAAAUCGCAGAUGAUGCAUCGGACACACACGACACGCGUCCACGCACACGCACACGUACACACACAAACACACAGCUACGUAUACAACAGCCACACGUCUGUCGGUUAGGUUCGUUGGUGAGAGAUGUGUACACACUCGCGGCAGGAUCUAUAUCAGGCGUGCACCGAUCUGUUGACGAUCGCUGGAUUAUGAAACGGCGCCGGGACGCGCGACGUCGAUCGCGUCUCCUGUAAUUCGGGAAGAGCGUCGCAAGAGCGUUGCGAGAAGGAUUUUCGCGCGCGCUUCCUUCCCCCCCGCCCCCCGUGCAUCAUUGUGUCAUCGUCGCGCGAGGGCAGAGCGAUGCGGGGGAAUCCGGCGAAAGAAUUUUCGGGAAGUGAUCGAAGGUUGUGUGGCAAAUCGGGAAACACGGAGGAGAAUACGCUCGCCGUGGUUAAGGCGCUACAAUGCUUAGAAACUCAACCACUAUCCGACUACCGCAGCGUUAUAUAGUAAUUUACGUAGAACGGGAUCGUGUGUGUAUGUUGCGUGUGUAUGAGAGAGCGUGCGUGCCCGCGUUUGAACGGUCGAGGAGAGAGUAAAUUUAUGUUGUGAUAUGCAGGUAGUGAAUAUAUUAUAUAUAUACAUACUAUUAUUAAAAUUAUAUUUAUAUAUAUAUAUAAAUAUAUAUACAUAAAUAUAUUUAUAUAUAUUAUAUAUACCAAUAUAUAUAUAUAUAUAAAUAUAUAAUGGUAUGAGACAUGUUGACACACAGUUAAACUCUCAUACACGAUAGACUUUAUUAUCAUGAAUUUAAAGUAAUAUUAUGACGCCACUUUGAGAGUUUAGUAUUCUGGAUAAGAUUACAGAGGAAACAAACAAAAAAAAAAAGAAGUAACGAUGAACAUUGGAUCUCUAAUGGUAGUUAUGAUUAAAUAAAAACUCAAAUAUAUUUCCUGUUAGAUCCUUCAUACCCCCCCCCCCCUUCCACCCCUCCCCAGGCCCAUCCCGCUCCCAAUUUUUCUCCUCCGCACCCUCGAUUCAAUCUGUCGUCUCGUUUCAACCUAAUUCCGUGUACAUCUUAAGAAUUCUCGAACAUCCCAUCCCGUCCCUUAUCCUCCCCUAUCCUGUCCCAUCCGCACUGCCCCCCCCCGCCGUUUUCCCUUUCUUUAUUCUGUUUCCACCCGUCCAAUUUUUAAUCGAUCGGGCCUAGAACGUGAUUCGUCAGAGCCAACGAUCAAUUGAACGUUAUAGGCGACUCGUACCCUAUACAGAAGUAUUGAUUAUUAUAUAGUUAGGUACAACCAAACCGUUUAUGAUAAGUUGGUAGCCUAUUCUAUACUCGAUCUAUACUACUACUGUAAUGUAACUAUGACUCUUACCGAUGCAUAACACGUGUAUAUAUAUAUAAUGUUCUUACGUAGUGGAAAACUCAUCGGAAUGAAACAGUGGAAUCGUGUUAUAUUUAAUUUAUUCCGUGACAAACCUCACAUCGUUUCGCGCGUUCGAGGUCUCUACCAUUUCGGUAUUCGCUCGACUCCAUGAACCCGUGCCAGGGCGGCGAAUUGUCCGCGCGGCACCCCGCCGUCGAACCAUCCAACCAGCGUCUACCAAUCCGCCGUUAUUUCCUGCGACGCGAAGAGGAAACAAAACCGUGAAAUAAAAUUCCUGUACAGUCACGCCCCGUGAAAUUUAUUGCAACAGCCGUGAAAAGCUUCCCGGUCGACGUUCGUCAUUCGAAGAAAGCUCUCGCUCGCGAACGGCAACGCCACGAUGCGCCGAAUUAUGGCAACGAUCGUCCUACGCAUGAUCGUCGUCAUACGCGAAAUUAAACGAGAUCCCGGACGUUCGUUCGUCCGAGUUCAGAACCUUUUUGCGGCGUGUGUUAAAAGAAAAGAAAAAAGUGGAAGGCGAAAAUAUUCCGAUUGUAAAUCUUGAUUUCUGCGGUCGCGCGCAAUCGAAAAUGCCGGCCACGCCGAACCACGAUUUUAUUCUACAUUAUCGAUCGAACCGUUCAGAAAUCAUAUUUUUAUAAACUAGCUCGUAUAGGAAGGCAGAUUUCAAUUCCCUUGGGUUCCUCGUUUUAUUUGUUGUACAGCACUCGCCCGAACGAAACGCGUCGUCGAAUUUGCGAUCCGAUGAUUUCCUACGAUCGGAGUACACCGUGCGUAUAAACCAUGGAAAGAUUUAUUAUUAUUUAUGUAAGAGAUGUACAUAGGAUGCUUAAAAGUGUAUCAACAAUCUUUGUAAUUAUCUUCUUGUAACCGUAUCCGAGUGGCGGCGGACGCAGAAUAAAAUGCCAGCAAGUGAUUAGGUGUACAAAAACACAACAGGUGCAUUGUUUUACUCGACGAUUCGAUACGACGAACGCCCCCGGGCACGGGUUUAUGGGACUAGCGAACGCCAACGACUUAGCAUUUUAUUAUACCUUCGACCGAGUUGCGAUCGGUGAUUAAUCGAGGUUUCACAAGUACCACCUCCGUUUGUUCAUACGUGUCUCGUUUUUUCUAUUCCCACUUCGUUCAGCUCGACUCCCCCAGCCCCCAGCCCCCAGCCCCCCCCCCUCUUCUCUUCGUUUCUUUCCAAUGGAGUAACGUUAAGUCCGUAGAUUAUCUCUGGAAACGCUGUUUAUAAAAGUAACAAAUUGUUUAGCCAGUAAGUUUUAACAAAGUUGCGGAAACAAAAAAAAAGGAACACAUCACACGAAAUAAUGUUACAUGGACUGUCGGAGGAGGAGGAAGGCCAGGCCACAGCGUGUGUCUCGCUGGACGCGGUGCGCCGCUGCCGCCAGGUUCGGACGGCGAUCGAUCGAUCGAUCGAUCAUGGUUUCGAUCGUUCGCCGAGUUGUCUGGGCAAGUGUCGAAGAUUUCCGUUUGUCGUACUUGAUCGCGAUCGAUGAAGGAAAAGGAGAAGGGGAAGGUGAGAAGAGGAACGUCUCGAGGAGGAAAAGCGAAAGGGAGAGAGAAAGAGAGAGAGAGAGAGUGAGAAAGAGAGAGAGAGAUAAAGAGAGCCGCUCUGUAAUAAGCUUGUUGUACAGUUCCUUUGACGUUGCAAUAUUACUUUAAAAUCUUGGAAAACAACGGUACAGUAGAAAAAGAAGACAGAAUCGGAAGGGAAAAGGAGAUCGCGUCGCCGGAAACCCACCGCGCGACGACGCGUUUCCCUCCGUUCCGGGCGAGCAUCGUUCAAAUUUUACCCUUUUCACGUCGUUGUAACAGAAUAGAACGAGAAAAGCGAUGCUAUACUUUGUAUAAAAGCAAGAGAGAGAGAGAGAGAGAGAGAAAGAGUGAGAGAGAGAGAGAGAGAGAGAGCGUAAGAGAAGAAGAGAGAAAGAAAGCGAGAGAAUGAGAGGCAAAGAAAGAGAAACACGGAACGGAAAGAAGAGGAGAAAUCGUAUCGCGUCGAGAGCGCGUUCGACGUAAAAUUUUUGUUCAACGAGAAAAUAAGAUUUCGCGCGUCGCCCCUCCGUUCUUUCUCUUUCUCUGUGUCUGUGGUCGAGCACGCCCGUUAUUCUUUGUUCGUUUCAUCAUAUUUUCUAACGAGUACGAUCUCACGCGACCCAACCCAUGUGAACGGAACCUGUCGCGUACGCGCAAGCCUGUUGCGGGGACGAAAGCACGGCGGCAUGGAACACUUCCGGGAGAUCGUGAAGCGAAAGGAAAUUAAUUUGUAACGUUACAUAGUGUAUUAUACGAGACAAAAAAACAAACAAACAAACAAACAAAAAUGAAUAAGAAUUAUUCGCCUCUUGACUCUCUUUGCUGUUUAAACGAGUGAACGAUAUAACGACGAGGAGAAAAAAAAAAGCGGCGAAAGAUGUGUGCGAAGCAUCGGGGAAAAGAGGAAAAGCUGCUGUUGAAUAAAACGAAAAAAAAAGAAAGAACUCUAUAAAUGGUAUUCUUAAACGCAGAGCAGAAUUAAACAAAAAUCAAGCGAGAACAAAACACACAUACACACACACACGCACACACACAGUCUUACAAGGAAUUAUACUCACAUUUACAUCAUAUCAAAAUCUAGUGGGUAAGAAUCGAGUUCAUAGAAAGGGUUCGUUUGUACGCCGCGCGUCUCGUGGAACGUGUUACGCGCGCGCGAACGUACAAAAUGAAGACCGGAGACCGAUUUUCUUUUCGUUUCUCGUCGACGCGUUGCAAUCGUAUAAUAAAAGAUCCGCAGAUCCAGCCGUAUAUCAUAAUGAACGUUUUAACGCGAAACGAGCCGAUCAACUGGAUAUUUUAUUGCGUGCAAGGGAUGCGGAUCGAAAUCCUCGACGCGCGCGCGCGCUCGUCCGUCGUGCGAGAAUAGUAAGUUCGUUUGUGACUCGUACGAAGAUAACAAUAUCACACACAAUUACACACAGAGACACACGGUGAGAAACACGCGCGCGUACACGAAAAUGAAAAGGGAGAGAUGUUCUUUGUGUUCAACUAAUAUACAUAGAGCAUAAUAUUUUUCUGUUCUGGAGAGAAAAAAAAACAAACGAGACGAAUGGUCCCGUCGUGGACGAGAAAUAAACAGUCCUCCCGCCUGAA